AUGGGGAACACAUUAAGGUGCUGUUUGGCGUGCGUGAUUCCCUGCGGCGCCCUGGACUUGAUCCGGAUCGUCCAUCUAAACGGGUACGUGGAGGAAAUAACCCGACCCGUAACCGCCGGCGAGAUCCUCCAGGCCAACCCCAACCACGUCCUCAGCAAGCCUUCCUCCCAGGGAGUCGUCCGCCGGAUCCUCAUCCUCUCCCCGGACUCCGAGCUCAAGCGCGGCGGCAUUUACUUCUUGAUCCCCGAAACCUCCAUGCCGGACAAGAAGCGCAUCCGCCGCGCUAAAAGUGCGAAAAAGUACCGUCAUAAGACCACCACCACCACCACCGACGGCGGCGAUGAUAAUGACAAGAACAAUCAAGAAGGCCAUCACGUCUCCGUCGAGGACCACUGCGAGCGGUACCUAACGGAGCCAGUGAUAACGGAAGAGAAGAAGGAGAAGAAGCAGAAGCAGCAAGAUUCGUCGUCGUCACGGCGUCACAGACGGAGUGGGACCGGGAGAUCCGGAGUAUGGCGGCCUUAUCUAGACAGCAUCACGGAAGACUGA